AUGACGCAUUGGACACACAAUGCUGCUAUGAAGAUGCACAUGCUCGAGAUUGUGGCGCUCACGCAGAAAAAGGUAGGCCUGCACUUUAACGCACGACACGCUACACCAGUUCAGUUAGAAGGGUUUGACAUCGAGGAGAUGGCCAAGAUGAUGCUCACAAUGGCGCCACUGACUUGGAACCUCUUCGGCGCACUCUUGAAUGCGAAUCCUGCGCUCGCAAAGCGACGUGAAAGGUGA